AUGGACGGCAAGAGACACCCGAGCUCGUUCCAGCAGCUCGAAAAGCUCGGCGAGGGCACAUAUGCGACUGUCUUUAAGGGUCGAAACCGACAAACCGGAGAGCUUGUUGCGCUCAAGGAAAUCCACCUAGACUCGGAAGAGGGUACACCCUCAACUGCGAUUCGAGAGAUCUCGCUUAUGAAGGAGCUUAAGCAUGAGAACAUCGUCGCCCUCCACGAUGUCAUCCACACCGAGAACAAGUUGAUGCUUGUCUUCGAAUACAUGGACGGCGACCUGAAGAAAUACAUGGAUACCCACGGCGACAGGGGCGCCUUGAAGCCGCACCAGAUCAAGUCUUUCAUGUACCAACUCCUGAGAGGCAUCGACUUUUGCCAUCAGAACAGAGUUUUGCACCGAGACCUGAAGCCACAGAAUCUCUUGAUUAACGGCAAGGGACAGCUCAAGCUCGGCGAUUUUGGCCUGGCUCGCGCCUUCGGCAUUCCCGUAAAUACCUUCUCUAAUGAGGUCGUCACGCUAUGGUAUCGUGCACCGGAUGUCCUCCUGGGAAGCAGGACGUACAACACAAGCAUCGACAUUUGGUCCGCAGGAUGUAUCAUGGCGGAGAUGUACACCGGCAGGCCAUUGUUUCCAGGCACGACAAAUGAAGAUCAGAUUAUUAGGAUUUUCCGCAUCAUGGGAACGCCCACUGAACGCACCUGGACUGGUAUUACCCAAUUCCCCGAGUACAAGCCGACGUUCCAGAUGUAUGCCACCCAAGACCUUCGUCAGAUUCUUCCCCAGAUCGACCCCACGGGCAUCGACCUGCUGCAGCGGAUGCUUCAGCUACGCCCUGAACUGCGCAUUAGCGCCCACGAAGCCCUUAAGCAUCCUUGGUUCAACGACAUCGUUAUGCAGCAGCACCAGCAGCAAGCUUUGCAAGCACAGGCUAGAGCCUACCCAGGACAGGGAUCCUAUGAGACGUACUGA